AGUUUUAAUAAACAACAUCGUUUUGAUCCUGAAAAUUGCCUGUCAGGCGAGCGUCGCUGCGUCAAAGGCAGUUUUCACCGUCCACGCUCUUGAGAUUCGUGAACGACUCCCUGUACCUCUGUUUUUAUUUCAAUCAGUGGUUUAGUUCGAAAAUUAAAAUGGAUGCUUCCACAUUUAUGUAUGGUCUUGUGUUGGGAGUAUUGUGUAUAUCUUCCAUUGCUAAAUCUGCCGUCCCUAAAGACCCAUUUAUUGGAAUCUCUCCUCAAGACGAGAAUUACUAUAAGGUAUCAUCAGAGUCGAUAAAAUGUAAAGAUGGAUUCAAGAAAUUUACCAAAGCUCAGCUCAACGAUGACUUCUGUGAUUGCCCAGAUGGUACCGACGAGCCAGGUACAUCAGCUUGCCCAGAGGGAAAAUUCUAUUGUCAAAAUUCAGGACAUAUUCCUGUUUUGUUAUUUUCUUCAAGAGUCAAUGAUGGGAUCUGUGACUGCUGCGAUGGGAGUGAUGAAUAUGAUGGGCAAGUUAAAUGUGAAAAUACCUGCUGGGAGGCUGGAAAAGUGGCCAGAGACAAGUUAAGGAAAAAGAUUGCAACAUAUAAGGAGGGAGUUGCUCUGAGAAAACAAGAAGUUGAAAAGGCAAAAGUAGCAAUUACCAAAGAUGAGGCAGAAUUAUCGAAGCUAAGAAAUGAGGAAAACAUACUCGAAGCACUGGUUCAGCAGCUUAAAGAGCAUAAAGAACGGAUAGAGAAAGCAGAAGAGAAUGAACGCUUGCAGAAAGAAAAAGAAGAAAAAGAAAAAAUUGAAGCUGAAGAAAAAGCUGAGAGGGAGAAAAGAAAAGUUGAAGAGGAGGCUCAACAAGAAAAAGGAGAGGCCAUGGGGAAAAAUAAUGGUGGAGAAAAUCCUAUAGAAAGUGUUGCUCAUGAUAAAAUCGGUGCUUUGGAUGAUUCUUCUUUGGAUCAGGAUGAGCCAGGAGAGCAUGCAGAUCAUGUAGCUGAAGCUGAAAUAGAUAAUGACAGAUCCCCUGUAAAUGAAUUGAAUCAGCAUGCAGCACACAAGGAGGAUACAUCCAUCUCAUCAGAAAGCAAGGGUGACACUGCAGUUGUGAGUGAAACUGGUCGUGAUGCUGGGACUGAGGAAUCUCAUGAUCAAGCUUUGAAAGUGGUUAAUGAUGUAUCAGAAGAUACUGAAGGUUUGUCAAAGGAAGAACUGGGUCGCCUUGUUGCUUCUCGUUGGACAGGAAGUUCUGAGAGUAAAACUGAGGGAGUUGAUGUUGCAAAGGAUGACCAUGGGCAUCAUGAAGACCAUGAAGAGAUGCCAGACAUGCAUGAUGAAGAAGAGGAAUAUGAUGGCUAUGCUUCAGAAACUGAUGAUGACAGUGGGAAGUAUGACGAUGUUGAUACAGAAGAUGAUACAGAUGAAGCUUAUGAAGAGGAUACCCAUGAUGAUACUGGUUCUUCAUAUAAGCCUGACCCUGAGGAUGACUUAGACUUGUCAGACACAACCUCGCCAAGCAACUCAUCUUGGUUGGAGAAGAUACAACAAACUGUUCGUAAUAUUUUGCAAGCUGUUAAUAUCUUCGGAACUCCAGUGGACAAAUCAGAGGCUGAUAAAGUACGCAAGGAAUAUGAAGAAUCCAGCAGCAAGUUGUCUAAAAUACAGUCAAGGAUAUCAAGUUUGACACAGAAGCUAAAACAUGAUUUUGGAACACAGAAAGAAUUCUAUUCGUUCUAUGAUGACUGUUUUGAAAGCAAGCAGAGCAAAUAUGUUUACAAAGUAUGCCCAUUCAAAAAAGCUUCACAGGUCGAGGGCCGUACAACUACUACUAUGGGUCGCUGGGACAAAUUCGAGGAUUCGUACCAGUCCAUGAUUUUUUCAAAUGGUGACAGGUGCUGGAAUGGGCCUAAUAGAAGUUUAAAGGUCAAGCUGAGAUGUGGAUUGAAAAAUGAGCUUACAGAUGUAGAUGAACCAAGCCGAUGCGAAUAUGUAGCAUUCUUAUCUACCCCAGUUCUUUGCCUGGAAGAAAAGCUUAAGGAAAUGGAGGAUAAACUAGACCUGAUGAACAAAGAAAAACCACAGGGCCAUGAUGAACUCUAAAAUGCCACCAUCAAUCACAGCAAAUGGUUCUUUAGAGGAUGUUGACGUCAACUAAUACUGGGACUAGUAGUUCAUUUGAUCUUGAAAUUUUAAGAGGUGCAAAAAGCUUUCUGUUUGGGCAGGUAUUUUGAAACUGUGAGCAAUAUUUCAAUUGGGCUACUGUUUUUUUUUUUUUUUAAGAUGAGUCCAUUUACGUAACGGUUUAGAUUGAGACAUGAGAGUAAUUAGGAAGAAAUCCGGCUCAUUUAAACAGAUUUUGAAAUCAUUGAUUCUCUAACACAUACCAUGUUGUUAGAAUAAUAUGGAUAAUAGUAUAAAACUUUUAUCAUUCCUUUUA